AUGAUACAUAUUUUUUAUAAGACAGCCAUAUGUACUCUCCUAAUCUGGACAACAUUGUUUUAUUCUAAUAAAAAUUUAAAAUGUAAUAUUUAUUAUGAUAACAACAAUUUAUCAACAUAUAUUAUAAAGAAUGACAGAUUAUUGUCAGAAUUUCAAUCGAACUUUCUAGGGGGAGGAUAUAGUGCAGCUUUAAAAUUAGUAAAUAGUAAAAAAUCAGGAACAAAUCUAAAUAUAAGGAAUAAUUCAGAAAAUAAUAGUACAAAUACAAAAUUACCAGCAAAUAGUAGUACAUCUACAAAUAUAAAUACAAAGUUAGCAGGAAAUAGUAGUACAACUACAAGUACUACAAAAGUAACAGAAAAUAAUAAAACAAAUAUAAAAUCAGCAGGAAACAGUAGUUCAACUAUAAAUACAAAUUUAACAGAUAAUGCCAAUGCAACCAAAAAAACAACAGAAAAUAUUAUUACAACUCAAACUUUGACAGGAAAUAAUACUACAAUCACAAAUACAUCCUCAACACAACAUAAUAGUAAUAUUAAAACAAAUAUAAUUUCAACAAAUAAUAGUAAUAGUAAUACUAAUACUAAUACAAAUUUAACAGAUAAUACUAAUGCAACCAAAAAACCAACGGAAAAUAUUAUUACAACUCAAACCUUAACAGGAAAUAAUACUACAUCCACAAAUAUAUCUUCAACACAACAUAAUAGUAAUAUUAAAACAAAUGUAAUUUCAACAGAUAAUAGUAAUAUUAAUACAAAAUUAACAGAUAAUACUAAUGCAACCAAAAAACCAACAGAAAAUAUUAUUACAACUCAAACAUUAACAGUAAAUAAUACUGCAAUCACAAAUACAUCCUCAACACAACAUAUUAAUAGCAUUAAUACAAAUCCAAGUUCAACAGAUAAUAGUAAUACUAGUACAAAUUUAACCGAUAGUACUAGUACAACUAAAAAGUUAAUUGGUAAUCAAAACACAACACAAGAUUUAACAACAAGUACUAUUACAAAUACAACAUCAACAGAUAAUAAUAAUAAUACAAAUAUAGCAUCAACAGAUAAUGAUAAUACAAAAAUAACAUCAACAGAUAAUGAUAAUACAAAAAUAACAUCAACAGAUAAUGAUAAUACAAAAAUAACAUCAACAGAUAAUGAUAAUACAAAAAUAACAUCAACAGAUAAUGAUAACACAGACAUAAAAGUAACUGAUAAUAAUCAUAUAAAUAUAACAUCAACAGAAAAUAAUGACACAGACAUAAAAAUAACGGAUAAUAAUAAUAAUAAUACAAAUAUAGCAUCAACAGAUCAUAAUAAUACAAAUACAAUAUCAACAGAAAAUAAUAAUACAGACACAAAAGUAUCGGAUAAUAAUAAUAAUAAUACAAAUAUAGAAUCAACAGAUCAUAAUAAUACACAUACAAUAUCAACAGAAAAUAAUAAUACAGACACAAAAGUAUCGGAUAAUAAUAAUAAUACAAAUACAAUAUCAACAGAUAAUAUUAACACAGACAUAGAUAUAGCGGAUAAUAAUAAUACAAAUACAAUAUCAACAGAUAAUAAUAACACAGAAAUAAAUGUAACGGAUAAUAAUAAUAAUAAUACAAAUACAAUAUCAACAGAUAAUAAUAACACAGAAAUAGAUGUAACGGAUAAUAAUAAUAAUACAAAUACAACAUCAACAGAGAAUAAUAAUACAAAUAAAAUAUCAACAGAUAAUAAUAAUGUAAAUACAAUAUUAACAGAUAAUAAUAAUACAUAUACAAUAUCAACAGAUAAUAAUAAUAUAAAUACAAUAUCAACAGAUAAUAAUAAUGACACAAGUACAAUAUCAACAGAUGAUAAUAAUAAUACAAAUACAACAUCAACAGAGAAUAAUAAUACAAAUACAAUAUCAACAGAAAAUAAUAACACAGACACAAAAGUAUCCGAUAAUAAUAAUAAUGACACAAGUACAAUAUCUACAGAUAAUAAUAAUAAUAGUACAAAUACUAUAUCAGAAGAAAAUAAUUAUACAAACCAAUAUGUCUUUGCUAAUAAUGAAGAUGAAACAAGUACAGAUGAUGAGAUAAAUAAUGAUUCAAAUAAUAAUUCAGAAGAAAAAGAAAAUAUUAAAUCAAUGAUUAACGCUUAUUUAGACAAGCUAGAUUUAGAAACUGUUCGUAAAAUAUAUUCAGAUAUAAGUACAUGUAUUGAAAAUAAAAAUAAUACCAUUAAUAAAGCAGCACAUUUAAAAAAAAAUUUAAAAAAUAUGUUUAAUAUAAUUAAAUUCAUAAUGGUUAUAUAUAUUGCUUUUAAUUGGAGUGAAGUAAUAUAUAAAUAUGCAGGAAAAUUAAUUCUAGCUUUUGCUUUAUAUAUUUUAAUUAAUUAA